UCUGGCGUCCUCACAGACAAGGCUGGACUACAAGUCCCAUCAUGCCUCAGCCAGCCCCGUUGGGACGCCUUGCCUUGACAUCCCCCCCUGCUUGUAGUUUUCUCUCUCUCUCUCUCUCUUCCAUUUGCAUCCUUGGCGUUGGGUUGGGGAGGACGUCGCGGAGAGCUCGAGGCACCUCCAUGGGAAGGAGGGAGGGGCUGAUUUAAUACCUUCACGACAACCCUGUGAGGCUGACUUUGAAUUGGACUUCAUAUUUGCUUAGACGGCCUGGAGUUUCCUGUUUUUAAGAAUAAGUGUCAUACUACACAGGACUAAAUGUGGCAGCCCUGAAGAUCCAAAGUAAAAGAUGGCUUCCAUGACUGAUAGUUUGUACUUGCAAAAUUGAUGUCAACCCUCCGAGCUAAACCAGAGAGGAAGUACAAACUGGAUGAACUAAUUCUGUUUCAUUGUAAGACUACAUCAAUGGAGCUUUAUAGCAAGAUGAGUUCCUUAAUAGAAACCCCUGAGCUGCCGGCAGUAUUUGAUGGGGUUAAAUUGGCUGCUGUCGCCGCUGUUCUUUACAUUAUUGUCCGUUGCCUGAAUCUGAAGAGCCCAACUGCUCCUCCUGAGCUCAUAUACCAAGACACACCUUUAGCCCGCUUCCUAAUAAAAUCGUGCCCUCUCCUAACCAAAGAGUACAUUCCACCCUUGAUCUGGGGAAAGAGCGGGCACAUCCAGACUGCCCUUUACGGGAAGAUGGGGAGAGUAAGUUCACCGCAUCCUUACGGGCUUCGCAAGUACCUCACCAUGGCAGACGGUGCCACAGCAACUUUUGACCUCUUCGAGCCUCUAACUGAAAACAGCAGCAAAGAUAUCACAAUGGUCAUCUGCCCUGGAAUAGCUAACCACAGUGAAAAGCAGUACAUCAGAACCUUUGUCGACUAUGCUCAAAAGAAAGGCUACCGAUGUGCUGUGUUAAAUCACCUUGGGGCCCUCCCAAGUAUUGAACUGACUUCGCCACGCAUGUUCACUUAUGGUUGCACCUGGGAAUUUUCCGGUAUGGUGACCUACAUCAAGAAGACAUAUCCUCAGUCCAACCUUGUUGUUGUUGGCUUUAGCCUGGGUGGAAAUAUAGUGUGCAAAUACCUUGGGGAAUCUCAUACUAACCAGGACCGGGUGCUCUGUUGUGUCAGUGUGUGUCAGGGGUAUAGCGCAUUGAGGGCACAGGAAACCUUCAUGCAGUGGGAUCAGUGCCGGAGAUUUUACAAUUUCCUCAUGGCAGACAACCUGAAGAAAAUCAUCCUGUCUCACAGACAAGCUUUGUUUGCUGAAACUUCAAGAAAGGUACAUAGUUUAGUGGAAACAGAUCUAAGCAGACUUCACACAGCAACAUCUCUCAUGCAAAUUGAUGACAGCAUUAUGAGAAAAUUUCAUGGUUACGGCUCCCUGAGAGAAUAUUAUGAACAAGAGAGUUGUCUGCAUUACUUGCACAGUAUCUUUGUUCCCCUCUUGCUGGUUAAUGCUGCCGAUGACCCUUUGGUGCAUGAUAGCCUCUUAACAAUCCCAAGAGCCCUCUCAGAAAAACAGGAGAACGUCAUGUUUGUUUUACCCUUGCACGGAGGCCACCUGGGAUUCUUUGAGGGCUCCGUCCUUUUUCCUGAGCCCCUCACUUGGAUGGAUAAGCUUGUGGUGCAAUACGCAGACGCCAUCUGUCAGUGGGAGAAGAAUAAAUCUCAUUGCUCAGAUACGGAACAAUCGUCCGGCCAAGAAUAAACAAUCCCAAAGACUUUUCAGGUUGUUUCCGACUUAGUUCUCAUCUUCCUUCCUUCCUUCCUGCUUUUUUCUAGGCCAAGCCUGGUCAUCUUCAAUGUAGGCAUUUGACCGCAGUGUUUCAUGCCAAAAUAGAGCUAAAACACAAGAUGUUGCUGUUUGGAACAGAUUUGGGAGCAGGCUGGCAGGCAAUGCAGGGACUCGUCCGGUCUCCUGAGGGGUUGCUGCCUGUAGCUUACUAUAAGGGUUUUAAAACCAGUUGCAACAUCCGAACAUCUUGGAAAGACUCAAGAUGUCCCAACGCUUACACUUUUCCAAGAAAACACGAGUAACCUCGUCUGGUUGUUUUUUUUGCAAAAAAAAAAAAAACUUUGCCUAGCGAGAUAGAAAUGUACUUUUCUCUGUGGUUAUGUUUCACCUCGUUGCCACCUAAGAAAAGGGAAACUUUAUAUACCUGCAGAAGAGCACCGAUAGAAUCAUCUCGGCCGGCUCUCCAUCGGUGCAGCCGUUUGCAAAGCAGGGGAGAACGAUGGGGAAUUUGAAUUUCCGGAAUCUCGCGCCCCUCCCCUCCCCACUCUCCCCCCUCGAGGGAGGAGGAACUAUCACUCUUCCGUGUUUGAUGCAUUUCAAGGGUUUGCAAUGUUCUUUGGAAAAGAAAAAAAAAAACACCGUUUGGAUCAUCCCAGAAUUCUGACUUGAGUGCAUUCAAUCACACGCUUUUGCUCUUUUUCUCGCUGGGGCUUUCCACAUAGGUAGGAAGCUUUGGGGGGGAACUCGGCGGUAAGAUUCCCUACUCAGUUUACUACUUGACGUUCAAGCAAGUAGCCUUUUGAUCGUUGCCUUUUCUAAAACGAGGCGUUCUAUUUAAAAAAAAAAAAAGUCGUGAGUGCUCCUAGCCCAGGCCUUUUAAUACUGUCUGUAAGUGGAAAAAAAAAACCAGUGACCAUCGAAAUUCUCUGUUCUUUUUUUUUUCCUUUCUUUUAGAGAAUUUUUAUAUGCGAAGGAUGGAGGAAAAUAAAACAUCCCCAUUCUUUUUGCCUCCCCAGCCUACUAGAGCAGUGCAUUAAGAUUUGGAAAGCCACAACUGUCUUGGUUUAAAGAGGUAGAUUAUUAUAUAUAUUUUUUUGGGGAAAAAAUGUACUGUAUGCCUUAACUCAGAGGUCUUCAAACUUGGCAGCUUUAAGACCUGUGGACUUCCAACUCCCAGAAUUCUCCAGCCAGCAUAGCUGGCUGGAGAAUUCUGGAAACUGGAAGUCCACAGGUCUUAAAGCUGCCAAGUUUGAAGACCUCUGCCUUAACUAUUAGUGGCUUCUGCAAUUCCCUGUGUCCAAAGGUGCUCGUUUGAAUUUUCAGCUUAGUGACAUCGGCAAUUUAGGGCGAGAUGCAAUAAUAAAGAUACAGUGGAGAAGCAGGUUUUUUGCUGCUGUAGAAUAGAGAAAACAGAUUUUUGUACUGAGUAAGUUUCCAAUCCUAAAGUGGGGGAAAAAAAGCCACAUCUUUAUUCAUACACAGACACACACACACACACAUAUUCGGAAGCCUGGAUUACUUAAAACAGUGAAACGUUGCGAUUCGACUAUUUUUCAACCGCAGUUCUGUUUUUGAACUGACGCUUUGGCGUUCCUUGCUUACAGCGUAUUUCAGUUUGAACAGUCAUUCCACACACCCCCCCGCAUUAUAAUCCCUAUAAUAGUUAGCACUUUAUUGCUUCUACCUUUUGUUUUUGCUGCCUAGACACUUUAAUUAUAGCAGGCACUCGUGUGUAUUUUUUUAAAAACCUGUUAGGAAGUCUUUCUUGAAAAUAAAUGUAUGGGGUAAUCUUCCCAGUUGGUUUUGAGAUUCUAAAAAGUGUAACUAUGUCUGUGAGGAUUUCUUUCUUGUUUGUUUGUUUGUUUUUUAAAUUGAGCAAUAAUUGCCUGUAGGAGAGGUUUCUCGCAUCAGGAAUUAAAGUGCUCCAGGCUGAAAGCAGUCUUGACCUGUUCAACAAACUCUGUGACUUAAGCAGAAUAAAUGAAUUCAGAUUUUAUUUUGUUCUCACAUAGGAAGCUUAGGCCGCGUAUUUUUAAAAAUUAAGUUUCUCUCCCCACCCCCCAACCCCAACAUCAUGGUUGCUUAUCAGUCUUCUCAUUUUGCUUAUCAGUCUUCUUACCGUAUUUUUCGGAGUAUAAGACGCCUCAGAGUAAAAGACGCACCUAUCUUUUUUGGUGAGGAAAAGAAGAAAAAGAAAUCUCUCUCUGCCUGUAAGCAAUUUUGCCUCGUUGCAGCAAACAGCAAACAGCCUGCUUUACUUUCAUUUUCGUUUUCAGCAUAGCUUGAUUAGCACAAGGGGAAAAAAAAUCUGCUCCAGCAAUUUACCUCUUUGCAGCAAGCAGCAGAGCCCUACGCAAAAUAGCUGAUAGCAAAUCAGCUAAGAGUCGGGACGCCGAGCCAAUCAACUUGCACUAAUUAGGCUGUGCUGAAGCUGAAAGGAGCUGUUUUUUCUUGCUGUUUGCUUGCAAGGAGGUAACUGCUGCGAGGCAGAGGCCAAAGGGUGGGGGCCAGUGGGUGGGCGGAGCUACAUUCGGUGUAUAAGACGCAUCUAAAUUUUCACCCCCUUUUAGGGAGGGGAAAGGUGCAUCUUAAGACUCCGAAAAAUAUGGUAAUUUGCUUUUUUUAGCAUUUCUUUCUACUUUCCUGGAAACCAAAUCCAAGAUAAGCAUAUGAUUUUAGCUGCAGAAGAACAUUUUAAUGGCCUCAAAUGCUUCUUUCCAUUUAAGUAACAAACAAACAAACAAACAAAAAACGCCAUGAUGUUUAAACUGUUUUCUUUGCUGCAAUAUAUAAAAUAGGAAUUGAACAUGACUUAUUUUUCCUCAACUGAACGAUGUAUUAAAAAGCAGGCUAUAAGAAUCUUAACACCAUUUCUCAUCAUUUCCGUCUUCGGGAAAAUAACUUUAGUGUGCUUUGUAUUUGAAAUAAAUGUAAUGAAAUUAGGCUUUUUUCUAAUCUGGUGCUCUCCCAUCAAUUCCUGAUAGCUUUUCCUUAAUGGCUGGGGAUAAUAUAUUUCAACAACCCUGAAGGAGCAUCAGUUGAUAAAAUAAUUGCUAUGGAUUAAAAUUAUAAAAUUCCUUGCAAGUAAAGGCACUUACUAGCCUUUAUGCUGAACCAGGUGCAGAUUUUAUGCACAAUUAGACAAGGAAUUUAAUCUUCCUUGUUUAAAUUUUGGACAUUGGGCUGCAAGGUUGUGCAGUUGUAUAAUGUAGCAAUUUCAAUGAGGAUUGCUUUCAUGACUUAAAUUCAUUUAGAACUACUCGACCCCUUGGAAAAUAAAAACCCCUUGCUCCAUACUGUAAAUGUAAUAAGACCCUUGCAUGUCCCAGCUGUUAUCAGGAAAAUCAAAACUUUUCAGUAAAUCACACAGUCAAGAAAUGUCUUUUAAAUCACAAAUUUGAUUCUGAUUUUCUGCUGCAUCAACGAAAAAGAAAUCCAUGUUGGAUCGUGGUAAAUUCAAUUCUAGACCCCUCUCCUCCCCCUCCCCCAAAAAAUAAUUCUGUAAGGAAAAGAUUGGAACGAUGAGAAAUUGACCAGCAAAAGGUAGUUGCCAAUUUAUAUACCUAGAUGACAUUAAACCUUUUUUAUUUUAGUGAAACAGAAUAUUGCUUGAAAGAAACAAACCCGGUUUUGUUUUCCCACCAUUUAUCUUAAACUCAGUUAAAAGGAAAACCUCUGGACAAGAUCUUUUUUGAGGGAAUUUCUUUGCAUGUUUGAAAGUUGGUGAUUAUUCCACUGAAGGGGUUUUUUUUUGCAUCUGGAGACAUUACUGCUCAUACAUUUUGGGGUGAGCCCAUCAUACUCCCCCUUUUAAUGAAGGCGGUGUUGCGAAUUGCAUCAAUGCCCCCUGAUGAGUUGUUGCAGCUCAACGGUUCAUCCCGUGUCAACUUUUGCCAGUUGACCAAAAGUUAGAAGCGAACUCUUUCCUGGCAAGAAUUAAUGUGCUAGAAUUAAUGUCUUGGCAGCUUGUCUUUGAAUUAAAGUUAGCCUUGUGAUGGGUCAAAUGUGCAUUUCCCAAAUAACAUGCUAGUUUACAAGUGUUCCUUAGGUCUACAUGUAAAACAGGAGUAGCCAACUAAUAGACCGUAUUUCACCUUCCAUUCCUUUUCCAUUUAACGUUUGCUGAAAUUCAGCCACAUUAUCUCUGCCGUCUUUAAAACAAGUACUGUAACAUUGGUGCAUUAAGUCUCUGGUAGCUUCAUCUGUAUAUUGUUUUUUUAAAAGCGGGGCUGAAAAUCCUGGCCCUAUCCUUCUAGUGAUGGCACUGCUAUUCCCAUAGCAGCUAGAUCAGUGCCUGCUUGGCCUCAGAAACAUUGCCUCUUUCUGAUAUUCUGAAUUUCUGAUCUAAAGGCGUACGUGACCAGGUGUUCCCCAGGUCACCACAGCCCACUCUGAGUGAUGUGUUAGUCCCAGAUACCUGCUUGAUGUGCAUACGUGUGUCAAACAACAAAAAAAAAAAGGAAAAAAUUGUUUAAAAGCACACGUCCCAAACUGUCUCACGCAUACAGAGACCAAAACACGAGAGCGUGUUUUUUUUGUUGCUUAGAUUACAUUGUUAGAACGAUGUGAGCUCAGUUAUUGUUCACUUCCUUUAGAUGUGCAAGAACGGAGGAGCUUCCAGUCCCUGGGUGGGAUUUUUAUCAUAGGAAAAUACCUCAACGAGACAGCUUGACUUUAAAGGGGAAUGAAUAGCCUGGCAGUUAGCAGUGAUAAUCAAAAAAAGAGGAAGAUUGAAGGGGUCCAUAUCAUUUUUUUUUUCCUCCUCCCGCCUUCUAUUUCUUUCGCAUAUGUUAACGUGAUGGUCUUAAUAAGCAAAUCUAGUUCACUUCCUGCAGACCCUCUUAAUCAGAACGAAAGGCAGUUUGUUGCUGGUUAGAGCAACCGGAGAAGGGAGAAUUCUUUGCUCAUUUUUAAAAAGGAAAGGAUUCUCACCCAGCGCUGUGCUGAUAUCGGAGCCCUUCGCCUUCUUUUGUUCUUUGCAAAACUACCUUUUGUGCUAUAUGUGUUUCUGCCUGGAAUUAAUUUGAUUUAAGUCUGUCUUUUUUUCUUUUCUUUUUUUUUUCCCUUGAAGUGUCCUUGAUGAGAUUCAUGGUAAAAUAAAAAUAAAUCAGCUGGGGAAGAAUCUCCUUAGAGAAUUAUGUGUAUUCCAUUUUAAAUGUUUCUGUUCUUUCUGCUGGUUUCAUUCAAGGGCACAAGCAUCCAUGGGCAGCAUUUGGCUAAGCUGGAACAGAGAAUUGCCAUUCCCUUUCCUUUUUCUCUCUGAUCUACCAGAGGAUAUGUUAUCUUUAUUUCCUUUCAGAUCCUCACGUCCUAGGACCACCAAAGUCCCAGCAGCUUUACUUGAUUUCAGUCUUAGUAGAACACCAUUCCCCCCCCCCUCCUCAGGAUUCCUGAACUGCGGACAAAAACCUUGUAUUGGAGGGCGCGGCGUUCAUUUUGCUUUUGUUUUGAUGUUGUACCCAGUAACAUCUGGGUUUGUCCAAACAAAUCGUGCCGUUAUCCAGAGAGGUCCAGUUUCAUAUCAAAGAGUAAAGUAAGUCAUAACAUUGCCUGAAAACGUAUGAGAAAUUAACCCACUAAACGGGUCGUAUCCAUACGUUAUUUUUUUUUUCUGACCUUCCAAGCUAGCGUCAUUCCAGCUGUUAAAAAUGGGUUGCGUUUGAUAGCAAAUCCAUGUAGGCGUUUUGGGAAAUCUUUUUUUCUCCUGAUUUAAAAAAAAAAAAAAAAGCACAAUUUUUAAAAGAGGGGAAAUCCUGAUUUAUUACGCUCUUUUUUUCUUUUUUUUCCCCUUCUUUUCCUCUUGAACAUGUCCUAAUAGAGCAGUGUUUCUCAACCUUGGUAGCUUGAAGAUGGGUGGACUUCAACUCCCAGAAUCCCCCAGCCAGCGCUGCUGGCUAGGGGAUUCUGGGAGUUGAAGUCCACCCAUCUUCAAGCUACCAAGGUUGAGAAACACUGUAAUAGAGGGACCCAACACCUCAGGAAGUUUGACCGGCACCUGUGCUCUUUUUUCAUUUGUGUCACUGCAGCUGCCUUAUUGGAGUAAGUUGAGCGUUUUUGACUUCCCUCCCCCCUUUUUUUCUUUCUUUUUUUAAAAAAAAAAAAAGCUGUUGGACUUCGAUUCCGCUUUAUUUUUAUCGGCAAUUUUGGGUUCCGUGACCUAUUAUGGGAACCCUUAACUUCCACAAUUCCAAAUUCCUUUUUGGAAAUAAAAAAUGCUGCCCUGGAGAAUUUUUGUGUGUGAUCCUCACUACCGGUUUCGUCGUUUGAACCGGUUUGUCUGAGGGGGUGACGUUUUUGCAACUAGCAAUGCAAUUUUUUUCUAAAUCUGCUAAUCUUUCCAGUUUAGAAAAGUGUGUCCUUGAUAUAUUUCUCUUUUUUGUUUUGUUGUUGUUGUUGUUGUUGUUGGUUUUGUUCUGUGUGUGAUCAAUCAAGGCUAUUGCAGAACAGUAAUUUUGUUAUUUGAUUCAAUGGAAUUUCUUUGCUUAAAAAAAAUAAUAAAGACAUUAACUGAGUUCGCAAUGAG